AUGUCGGUUCGUGUGGUCGCCCGCAUUCGCCCUCUCCUCGAGAAGGAGCUGGACAAGGACACAAUCGUCCGGGCUGAUAGCUCCGAGGAGGGUAAGCACGCCACGCUCGUCAAGAUCCCGAACCCCAAGAACGAGACCGAGGAGUUCUCCUUCGCGUUCCAAAGUGUUUACGACCAGGCUACGACGCAGGAGGAGCUCUUCACCGCCGAGGUCGCGCCCCACCUCAAGGCGCUCUUCCAAGGCCUCGAUGUCACCAUUUUCGCAUACGGUGUCACGGGUACCGGAAAGACGCACACCAUGCGCGGCGGCUUGAAGCUGGCCGACCGAGGCGUCAUCCCCAGAUUGCUGAGCGGAGUGUACCGACGCGGAAAGAAGAUCGCCAAGGACUCGGGAGGCAACACGACGGUCGAUGUUGCCCUGUCCUACUACGAAAUCUACAACGACAAGGUCUUUGACCUGUUCGAACCACCGGAGAAGCGCAGCGCUUCAGGUCUCCCUCUCCGCGAGAAGGAUGGCAAGACGCAGGUCGUGGGUCUUUCCGAACGGGCAUGCGAGGACCUCCAAGACUUCUCAAAGCUCUACAUCGAAGCGAACAACAACCGCGUCACCGCCGCCACGAAGCUCAAUGCUCACAGCAGUCGAAGCCACGCUAUUUUGAGAGUGAAGGUUACGCAGACAACGGGAGACGCCAUCCGCGAGAGCACCGCAUCGGCCAUUGAUUUGGCUGGCUCAGAGGAUAACCGCCGGACGGACAACGGCAAGGAGAGACUCAUCGAGUCUGCUGCCAUCAACAAGAGUCUGUUCGUCCUGUCUCAGUGUAUCGAUGCCAUUGGCCGUGGGGAUAAGCGAAUCCCCUACCGCGAAUCCAAGAUGACUCGUAUUCUCAGCCUGGGCCAGAACAACGGCAUCACCAUCAUGAUUCUCAACCUCGCACCCAUCCGCAGCUACCACCUCGAUACCCUGAGCAGUUUGAACGUCAGCUCCAGAGCUAAGCGAAUCGAGGUCCGCGAGAUCGAGAACGAGGUCGUCUUCAAGCAGGUGCCCCGCACGAACUCCGCUAACUCCACACUUGCACACCGCCAACCUCUCCGCCCGCUGGCGAACGUUCACAAUAUCCACAGUGGUACGAUCGCUGCCAAGGAGAAGGAGAAGAAGGAGGACGUCACCCGCCCAGUAAAGGCCUUCAACGUGUUCGCCGAUCGUAACAAGCCGGCUGCCCCCACCCGCCCUACUGCAAACACUACCCAAAUCCGCAAGCCGGCCAUCGUUGUGGAGAAGGAGGCGGCGCCUAAGGUCUCGAAGCUGGCUCGUCCUGCUUCCUCGGCCCAACCAGCUCAGCAGAAGCUGUCAAUCUCUGCAGAGCAGUUGGAGGCCCUUGUAGAGAAAAAGGUUAGCGAGAUCCUUAAGUCUAGGGAAAACAAGGAGAUCGAGCCUGCGCCGGCAACUGCCCACCCCGAUAUCAACGAAGCGGUGCAGCGUCGCCUGGAGGCAUUGGAGCGCCGAAUUGAGAACGAGGAGCGUGACCGAGAUGACAGCCGCUCUGAAGGACUCCGCUAUCUGCUGGCUGCCAGACAAGCGAAGGAACACGGUGACGAUGUGGGGGCGCUCAAGAUGUACGAGCUUGCCCUCCCAUUCUUCCCAGGACAGGCGAAGCUGUUGGGAAAGAUUGAAAAGUUGAGGUCAAAGAUUGGUAACAGCCUCGCUAUUGAGGUGGGCAUGCCCUCACCUAGCAAGCGUGACAGACACGAGAAGAAGCGCAGACGGGUCGCGUACGACAGCGACGACGAGUUCCAGCACGCUGAGGCCGACGAGGAUAUGAGCUUCGUCGAUGUCGCCGCCAAGUCGAAGAGCCGAAAGGCCAAGUCGACAAAGCCUGCCACCAGGCUGCCUCUCCCCGAGCCCAGCGGACCCGCGUCCCCGCAGACGCAGUCCUUGUUGAACAUUGUCAACUCCCGCGACCUCGCACAGAUCAAGAGCCUCCACGGCUUCGGAUCCAAGAAGGCACAGGACCUGGUUGACUACCUCGAGGAGAUGCCGGAAGAGCAGGGCGGGAACAUUGAGUCCCUGGCGCAGCUGAGGACCAUCCCUGGAAUGGGUGGUCGCACCGUUGAUCGCGCGUAUGAUGGUAUGGUCGGUGUCGCUGUUUAG